GGUGACUUACGAGGCGAAGCAAAACAAACAGGACGAACACUAACACACAGGAGAGAAUUACAGAUGCAAUAGUCACCAUGUCGCCCACGAGAGAGACUUUCAGGGAGGGCGAUAUAGAGAGAAGUUGUGGGCAAGAGUAUAAGUAGUGGCGAUAUAUGUUGGUGUGAGAAGGAGACAGUUGGAGAUAGAAGCUGAGUGACGAGUGUGUAGUGUGUUGUGUGGGCGAUGCUAGUUACUGAGUGGCGGAACGCAGUCCUGCCGGAGGGCCUCCCCCUCUCUACUCACCUAAGUUACUGCACUCAAGCUUUCUCAUACGCAGAUGUCCAUACUGCCUAGCAUUCCACUAUCACUACUUAAGAGUGGAAUGCCGUCUCCUGUCUAUCGCACAAGACUACUAUUCUAAUAUAUAGUCUCCACUACUACGAUCGAGCCUCUACGUGUCAUGCUUGACUACGGUAUUCUGUCUCCACAUUGAUGUACAUAACCCAGGGUUCUACAGAUCUACCCAAAGAAGGGGACUAACAUUUUUCCUAAGAGGCGAUUAUGUGAGGUUGAGUCUGGAUCAGGUGAACGUGUUAUUAUUAAAGCCAAGCACUCUGGUGUUGUUACACAGGUACUCGUCAAAGUUAACGACACAAUUGGAGAUGGGUGUGACAUACUGGAACUUGAAGCAUGUACCCACACUGCCCUUUUGGGGAAUAUUUGUUGUAAUUGCGGUGUUUUGUUGGACGAGAAAGACAUCCCAAAGACAGAAGCAGUCAGCAUGCUUCACUCUGUUCCUGAUCUCAAAGUAGCUAGAAAUGAGGCCCAAAAGCUUGGGAAAGAAGAUAUUAAAAAUUUGCUGAAGCAGCGGAAGUUGGUGUUACUGGUGGAUCUAGAUCAAACAUUGAUCCACACUACAAAUGAUAAUAUUCCUGCAGAUUUGAAGGAUGUUUACCACUUCCAAAUCAACAAUGGUGGCCCAUGGUAUCAUGCUAGACUACGGCCACAUACCAAAACAUUUCUUGAGAAGAUAUCAAAAUACUUUGAGCUUCACAUCAGUACAUUUGGUGUGAGGGAAUAUGCUCAUUAUAUAGCCCACUUCUUGGAUCCAGAUGGAAAAUUGUUUGGCCAGCGGAUCCUUUCCAGAAAUGAAUGCCUUGAUGUGAUGUCAAAAAAGGCUAAUCUUGAUUCUCUCUUCCCAUGUGGGGACAACCUUGUUUGUAUCAUUGAUGACCGCACAGAUGUUUGGAAUUAUUCGCCUAAUGUUGUUCAGGUUGUUCCAUAUCAUUUCUUUCGACACACUGGAGACAUUAAUGCACCACAAGGCUUACAGAAUAGAGAAAAUGAAGAUUGCAAAGGCAUAGAUUUUAAAAAUUUGAAAAAAGAAAAUGAUAAAGAUAUUGGAUUUACUACUGCAGAUGAUCAGGAUGACGAUGGUGAUGAAGACAAAAAAGAUUACAGUUCUGAUUCUGAUAAUGAUAAGGAUUCUAAAGAAAUGUCACAUAAAGUUAUAGAAGACAGCCGUGUAAAUUCAGAUCAGACGAGAACUGAAACAGUUAUUAAUGAUGAUAUGAAAGAGAUAGAUGGAAAGAAUGAAAAAGUUAAUAAAGUGUUUGAUAGCAAAUGCACUAAAGAAGAAAAUAGUUCAGAAAGAAUUUUAUUAACAGAUUCAUUGCCAAACAGAAACGCAAGUGAAGAUAAGGUUGAAGAUAAAAAUACUAAAGCAGACCUCAGUGAGAUGAAGCCAAAUAGUGAAAAGAAAAAUAUUGAUAAUGAAAUGAAAGUGAAAAAUAUUGAUAAAUUAGACAUGAAAAUGAUUGAAAUGGAUACCCUGACAAACAAUGAUUCCAUCAGAAAAGAGGAGGAAGUAGAUGGCAGUAUAGCAGCAUCUGGUAAAAUUGUGACUUGUACUAAAAGAAAUGGCAAUAAUGUACUUGAUGUUGUAGACAAUGAUGACUACUUGUUGUACCUGGAAGAUAUCUUAAAGAAAAUACACAAAAGAUUUUUUGAAGAGUAUGAUGCACCUCAAGAACAAGCUAUUGUAGAUCAUCCGCUACCUGACUUGAAAGCAAUUGUUCCUGCAGUUCGCAAGGAAGUUUUAAAAGGUGUGAACAUAGUUUUUUCAGGAGUAGUGCCACAACAAAUGAAGUUACAAUACUCCAAAGCUUAUAUUAUUGCUACAAGUUUUGGUGCAUCAGUAUCUGAAAGACUAAUUGUAAAAGCUAAAACAGACACUGAAAAUGGUGAUAAAAAGAAUAUAUAUACAACACACAUGGUUGCUGCAAACCUUCACACAGAGAAAGUAAAUUCUGCCCGGAAGCAUAAAUCUAUAAAGAUUGUCACCCCAAACUGGUUAUGGAAAUGUGCUGAACGGUGGGAACUGGUUGAAGAACAACUUUUUCCACUGAGCAAAGAAACAGAAAAAGAAAUCCAUAGACUUCCUCCACACCACUGCUUCUUUCCUGAUCCUUCCUGGCUAAAGCACAACUCUGACACAG